GCAACAUUGCCUUGCAAGAGUCAGCAUUUCCAAGGGUUUCUACUGUGACAAGAGUUUUGAGCUGGCUGAGCUUGGUGCCUUUUUGGUCUUGGUGGUUUUGUGUGUGUGUGUGUGUGUGUGUGUUUUGGUUGGUCUUCCAGUGUGUUCUUGAAAAGCAAAGAAAGACGAAGAAAGGAAGGCCUAAGCUCCCCAGGAAUGACUAGGAGCUCACCCUCAAGAAGCCAUCCUGGGUACCAGCGGUGGGGAGACCAGCGUUAAAAAUAAAUAAAGCUCAGGGUGUUGGAGGUGCGCUCGUGUGCUCAGGGAUCAACCAUUUGAGAAGAUGACCACUUGCUAUUACAAUGAGACAGUUGAGUUCUUCUACAACAACAGCGGGAAGAAGCUGUCCCACGAAUGGAGGCCCAAGGAUAUCUUGGUGGUAGCUCUUGGCUUGACUGUCAGCAUCAUUGUGCUUCUCACCAACUUGCUGGUCAUCACCGCUAUCGUCAUCAACAAGCGCUUCCACUACCCCAUCUACUACCUGCUGGGGAACCUGGCAGCUGCUGACCUCUUUGCUGGCAUUGCUUACAUGUUCCUGAUGUUCCACACAGGGCCCCGGACAGCCCAGCUCUCGCUCAAGACCUGGUUUGUCAGGCAGAGCCUCCUGGACACCAGCCUGACUGCCUCAGUGGUGAAUCUGUUGGCCAUUGCCGUGGAGCGGCACCAGACAGUUUUCACCAUGCAGCUCCACAGCAAGAUGUCCAACCAGCGAGUGAUGAUCCUUAUCUGCUGUAUCUGGGUCACAGCCCUGCUGCUGGGUCUCAUCCCCUCAUAUGGCUGGCACUGUCUGUGCCAGCUAGACACUUGUUCCCGAAUGGCCCCUCUCUACAGCCGCAGGUAUUUAACCUUCUGGGCCCUCUCCAAUCUCUUCAUCUUCCUUGUGAUGGUGGUUGUCUACACUCACAUUUUCAUCUACGUCAAGAGGAAGAUGGCGCGGAUGUCCAAGCACACCACCUACCACCCACGCUAUAAUGACACCAUGAUCAACCUCAUCAAGACAGUCAUCAUUAUUCUCAGUGCCUUUGUUAUCUGCUGGACUCCCGGACAGGUGGUGCUCCUGUUGGAUGGCCUAAGCUGCAAAAGCUGCGAUGUUUUAGCAGUAGAGAAAUACUUCCUGCUGCUGGCGGAAAUCAACUCCGUCAUUAACGCCAUUGUCUACUCCUACCGGGACAAUGAGAUGCGCAGCACCUUCCGGAAAAUCCUUUGCUUUGCCUUCUACAGGGUGCCAAAGUACUCUCCAGCUUCAGGGAAGUCCACCACCACGGAGCAUAGGAUACUGCCUCAGAACGGGCAUCCAAUUAUGGACUCUACCCUCUAACUCUGCCGUUUCAGGCUUUUCUGUGCUGGUCAUCUGAAGCCAUUGUUGUUGAUCUAUGGGAAGCAUGUCUCUGUGGCUAGAGACCAUGGCCUGUCGUGGCCGCAGUGCGGCUGGGAAUAGUGCUGUGACCAAGGUUAUCCAUAGGGGACAAUAUUGUGCCUGUGCAUCGGUUGGUGACUAAGGGCAGCAUUCUCAAUUUGUCGCACCAGGUUGUGAGGGUUUGCGGCCUCCGGACAAGAGGCAGAUGUAUUGUGACUGUAGAUGAUCAUGUGUCUGGGAGACAGGGACGAUUCACAGUUAACAAAGUUAACGAAUGGAGGAACUGGCACAUUUGCUCUGCGUUACAGCUUGAGAGGCACCUUAAAACACUCGAUUGGGUUAUGAACCAUUUCGAAACUGGUUUGCACGCGGCUACUUAGAGGCAUAUAUUUUCUUCUUCAUCUUCCACAGGCUAACCAGCAACUCUUGCUCUGUCUGCUUAGAGACCGUGGGUGGCCCUCUUAGGACAAACUUUCUUUGCCUUGUUCUUAAAUACAAAUGUUUGGACAAAGGGUUGAAAAGCGGUGGAACAAAAACGCUGAGGUACAUGCAUCGCUGCCUGUGUGAGCCGCUAUUUUUAAACAGCUGUGUUGAUUCAUUGGAGGGGUGGCAUCUCCAUGCCAAACUGAAGCAAUCAUCUCAGAUGUUUCUGUGCCGGGGGAAUAAUUGUUGUCCUAGCCCUCUUUCAGUAUUACUGCCUUUCUGGGCAUGCCCAUUUGAGGGCUGAGAUGCAAAAGCUACAACUCCAUCUUCUGCAUGGACUCCCUGAGCAUCUGUUACAACCUGAGCUCUCUCUCCUCUGCUUAAACUGCA